AUGGAUGCCCUCGACCACCUCCUGGCCGAGUUCUUCGCGCCAACUACACAGCCCGACCGAAAAAAGACUAUCGAGGCCCAGCUGGACUCUCAACGGCUAUCCUUGGAUGAUUGUCGAUACAUGCUCACAAAUGCCCGGUCGGAUUACCUCGCCUGGUUUGCUGCAUCCCAGUUUCAAAAGAGAAUCCAGGAAGACUGGGCUGCCCUCGACCCCGCUCUCCAGCAUGCCAAUCGAUCUUUCUUGCUCCAAUUCCUGCAACAGCACUUUGGACCAAGGACUGGCUCCAAUCUCUCGUCCGGGCUAGGAGGAGGCAUCGGAAUGAAAUCAGCUUCAGGAGGACAAGGAGGACAAGGAGGAGGAGGAGACAUACCAACUUCAGGGGUAGGAGCAACAGCACCCACACACAGCUUCUCGCCCUUUGUCCUCAAUAAGGUUGUCCAGCUCGUCACCGAUGUUGCCAUUCUGGACUGGCCAGAUCGGUUUCAGGACCUGUUCUCAGAGAUCCACAGACUCAUCCAAAGCAAGAACAACAACCAUGCCCUCCUCGGAUGGACUCUGCUCGAGGCUGUCGUUCAGGAAUUCGAGGGCACCUGUCCUUCACGCUCAUCUCACCGGACCCAUCUGACACUCUCUCAACACAGGCGAUAUCUCUGGGAACACUUCAAGGAGCAAGUGCCGGAUCUCUUAACCCUCAUCGUCCAACACCUCGACGCAUGCUACAACAAGACAUUGGUCGCACCUCUUUCGACAGAGGCACCCGCGCCCUCCCCUGUGGAACAUUCUAUUUGGGGCACAUCUAGUUUUGGGAGACGACCCAGCACCGUUGCUGCUUCACACCUACUGUCGCCACUCGUGCAAAUGAAUGGCUCUUUCCAAAACUCGCUUUCAGGAUCAAGGGCAGUCCCGGGAUCCAUGAGCAGUGGCUUCAUGUCUUCAACCCCUCACGGGGGCCCCACUGACCAAAGUGCAUCGCACUCUUACGGAAAAUCGCCCACCACCGUGCUGCGCAAGUCGCUGAACCAGUUCCUGGGCGAUCCCACCAACAACUCAACUUCGCAUCCCCACAGCCAGGACCCCAGCAACCAAUGGAGCUCGGCGCAGUCACCUGUUGGAUCCAGCCUUUUCUUGAACCAUGCACGGCAAAGGAUGGGCUCCAUCAGUGAGUUGGGACAGAUGGCCAUGAGGAGGAGCUCCAUCAAUGCUGCGGCGAGGAUGGAGAGCAGACGGGGUUCGAUGGAAACCACGUUUGUCAGCGGGAGCAAGAUGGACUCUCACACACGCAAGACAUGUAUGUUGGCGCUCAAGAGUCUUACAAUACUGCUAUCGUGUCCUGGACUGGAUCCUCGUCAACUGUCGUUCUCAGCAUCUAUCACGAUGGUUCUCAAGUUUUCGACCCUACAUCAGAACAAGACGGUCGAUUUGGGCAUCUUGGCGCUGAGUUGUUUGAACGGAUUGGUAGCUAGACCAGGAUUUCUAGCAGUCAACCAGGAAGCACUUACGAUGGCCGUGAGAACCAUCGCCGACCUUAUCCGAUACUUUAACGAGGUCAAGGAUGGAAUCGACGAUAUUGAUGAGAGCUACCUCCAAAUGUUUAUGCACUUUGUAUCCUUGUUUUGCACACUGUCGCACUUGGAACGAGCCGAAACUGUUCUAGGGCUCUCUGUGCCAGAUUUCCUCCUGUCAUUUGCACGAUUCACCUUGGAAAAGGUCUCUGUUGAUUAUUUAAAGUCGUGCAUGGAUAUCUGGAAAUCACUCUUGGACGCCAUUAUUCACGCUGCAUCGGACAUUCCUCGACCUAUACCCGCUCAAAACCCUCUGCGUCGGAUGCAAGGACCGACACUGUAUUUUAUGUCCGCAUUGGUAGAAAAGUUUUACAAAAUGAAAGGAGCGACGCGGUCCGAAGACGCGUUUUCUACAUUCGAAGUCGAAGACGAGGAAGACUUGGAAGAGUUAACAGAGCUUGUUGAGAGCUUUGUUGGCCUUGUCGGCGAAGUCUUCACCGAGGAAGUCAUCGAGAUGCUGCUGCCAGUGACGUUAGGGAUCUUAUCAAGGGUGGCGUACAACUUUUUGCAGAACUUUGAGCCAAGACGUGAAUACACGUCUAAUCUUAUGAUCUAUCUGACAAGGAUGACCAAGCUAUCGAUCGAACAUUACAUUGUUGCCAUCGGAGGAGCAGCACGUCCAGGAAAAGACGAAGUGGAACUCACAGGCUCAAUAACGCUGGCGUUGUUCGAUUGCCUGUUGCCACUGAUACCUUGGCUGGAUCUCCUCUGGAAGGCAGAAGUCAGACCCAUUGCAGAAGGUGGAUCACCACCCAGAGCACUCAUUGCAAAGGAAAUAUACCAGGAGCUGGCGCAAAUCUCGGAGCAACUCUUCCAGUCCUUACUCCCCGCGACACCUUCAACCAACCCGAACCAGUCAUCUCCAGUGCCCGGCGGCACAUUCCUCGGACCUGGCUCCAUGUCAUUCUCAGUCAUGGACCGACGGCUACUUUUGACUUCCGUCAACACUCUAUCGACGCUUACGAGACAAGUCAAGGUUCCUGUCGGUGCUAUGACACCUGGUGUGCCUUUGUUCUGGCAGCUGAACUCAACGUUAGAAAUGGCGUCCUGUCUCAGCCAAAAUGCCUUGUCAACCAGCAGCUUCAUGGGUGCUGAUUUUCCCGCUUCAAAAGGACCCGAUACCGAUGUGGACGAAAGGCGGCAAGGAAUGACACCCAACGACGAACUCUUUUGUGUGGCAUUUGUGGCGCUUAGUAACGGCGUCAUGCAAGAGCAGAAAUCAGGCCAGGAACAGCAGAUCUUUGACAGCCUGGUUGCCCAAGUCAUAUAUCCUUUACAGACCGCCCUGCAGGAAUCGAGAUCCGGCCAAAGUAGUGGUCUCACAGCAGGCGAAGCACUAAUCAACUCUGUGGAUGAAGCUUCGGUGCUAUCCAGGACAAUUGUCUUUGAAGGACUGAAGCCAGCACUUCCUCUCGUCCAAGAGUUCUUUGAAGUGUACUUUGAGGACCAUGUGCUGUCGAUGGAUAUUCUGCGAUACUUCAAAGCGACAAUCAAGUGUCUUUAUCGCCAGCUGGGGACAAGUCACUGCAUGGAGAUCACGCGAGUGUUGAUGGACCGUUUGACAAGCCCCGCUCUACUGGACGCCGCUUUCCCAGUCUCUACAAACGGAACACCCCAACAUCUGCAUCAAGGAUCGAUUGCCCAGCAACAGCGCCAGAUUAUUGAGCGGAUCCGGAUGUCGCUCUCGAUUCUGGACACUGUGAUGGGUCUUCCUGGCAAGGAGAUCUCGCGUUUCCUGGCCGAAUUUAUGCAGUUUUUGUUCUCUCAGCUCGGACCAAGGCUGUUUGGCGAUCAGGGACAAGGUUCUAUGGCCAACGCCUUGGGUGCGCAGGCACAGCCUGGGCAGCUGAGUCGGGAGAAUGGUCAGGAGAAUGGUGCGAUUGAUCUAAUGACAGCUUUUCUCUCGACCAUCAAGACAUUGAUGUCACAGCACUCUCGAUACUUUUUCAAGGCGCAGAGUCAGAAUGGACUUCUUACGGCUUCGAUUGAGGAUGAUAACCUUCGGAAUCAGGCAUUACAGAGCUGUAUGGAAUAUGUGGCGCGUGGACUCUGCCGGCCGGAACCUGAUCUUGUCCGCCACUCGAUCGAGAUCCUUGUAUCUCUGCAGGACCACAACCUCUGUCGACUGUUUGAUCGCCUCGAGUUCCAGUCAACGUAUCGAAACGAGUUUUUGAAGAUUGUUUUUGGCCUGGCGCUGAACCAUGAGCAGGAUCUCUUGCUGGAGGACCUGGCGAGUCUUGUUCACAAGAUGGUCAAUAGUGAUCGGGAUGGCGGUAGCGGCGGCACAGAAAAGUUCUUGGAGGUCUGGCAUGGUGAUCUCAAGAGGUUUGUCGCUGCUAUGGAACCCUCGCAAGUCACGGUUACCUCGUCUCUGUCAUCGACAGCUUCUGUCAAUGGGAAUGGAAGGGGCACUCCUGGGGGUCACUCACCUGCACCUGGAGGACUUGCCAGUAGCAGAUCUCCUCGCUCCUUGACUGAGGUACAGUUCUCGGAUGCGAUGAAGGAGACUUUGUGGAUGGAUCUGGCGCGCAUUGGAGAUGCUAGCGAGUAUCGGGAUGGGUUGUAUGACUUUGUGAACGAUGCUCGAGUCUAUGCACAAAGCCUUGUUCAUUAG